AUGUUCUCCGCAGCAUUCCCGCUGCCCUUCCGUGUGUUCUGCCUCGCCGGGCUGGGCAUCCUCGGCUGGGCGGCGAACCUGCACUGGCUGCAGAAGUUCGGGCUCGACCCCGCCGCGACGCUGAAGCUGCACAACUAUGAGGACCGCUACCGUGGUCCGCCGCUCAUCGUAAGCCUGCAGAUGGAGCCGGACACGGCGUGGCCGUACGAGGACCUGUACCGGCUCGUCGUAGUGUACACCGUCUGGGUGGGCACCGCGUGGCUGCUCUUCCGGCGAUGGACCCAUGGUGACCUACUCCUCGUGGACACCUUUAAAUACGUGCCCGCAGUCACCGCACUGACACUCCUCAUGGUGCUCGUGUGCCCGUACAAGAUUCUCAAGAAGCAUGAGCGCGACAGGUUUUUAUUCACCAUCCGGAGGUGCCUUUUCCCUGCGAACGAGCGCGUCCUCUUUGCGGAUAUCGUGUUCGCGGAUGUAUUCACAUCGUAUGCGAAAGUACUGGGGGACCUGUGGCUGUCUUGGUGCAUGCUCAUGCCGGGAGGAAGUUUACUGGUCCAGCCUACACAGGAGGGCUGGUCGCGUUGGAUACUGCCAACGUUAAUGAGUUUUCCAUAUGCGGUCCGUUUCCGACAGUGCUUGCUUGAGUACACUGCGUCUAAGAGUGGCGAUCGUCGCCCGCUAUUAAAUGCGCUCAAAUAUGCGUCUUCUUUCCCUGUGAUAUACCUGUCGGCUGCACAGCGCAUGGUCGUGUCUGAUUUGAUGUCGGUGAAAGGCGAAGCGGUGGUGCGAGAAGCGUGGCACGGCGAGCACCAUCUGUUCCGACUGUGGCUGCUCGCUGCGCUGGUAAACUCAUUGUAUUCAUUCUGGUGGGACGUAACGUACGAUUGGGGGUUCGAUCUGCUGCUGCCAGGGUCGAGAGCGAAUAGAGCACCUCCAAAGCAACUAGUCCUGCCUCACCUGCACUCGCGCUCCUCCCUUCUCAACGGCGCGUCGUCGCCGACAGACGGCGCACUGAAAGAGGCACUUCUCGAGGGCGGACAGCUGUCCACCAAGCGCGCUGAUUCCUUCGGAGCGCGGUCGUACCCAUUCGGCCUGCGCCCGACACUCCUCCUCCCGCUCCCGAUAUACCCCUUCGCGAUCUUCGCGGACCUCAUCCUGCGCUUAACGUGGUCGGUGAAGCUCUCGAGCCACCUGCACUCGUACUCGGAAGGCGACCUGGCGAUCUUCUGGAUCGAGCUGGCGGAGCUUGUGCGCCGCUGGAUGUGGGUGUUCAUACGGAUCGAGUGGGAGAUAAUCAAGGAGAGGCACGAAACGCGCACGGCGCGCGUGUAUGACGAGGGACACAAGCAGUAUGCGAACGCGGAUGACGACUACGAGAUGAUCCCGUCGGAUCGCAGCGGAAACAUAUCUGAGACAGGAUGA